AUGGUUCGCACAAGGGGACUGCUGGACAGUCCUUCUAAACAGCUGAUGCAAGACCUUAUCAGAGAUCUUGAGCAACUUAAACGGGUCAAAGAAUACGAGCGCCGUUCAUUCUACGAAAAUUUGGAUCGAAUUGAUCGUGAGCGGGAAGAGGUGCACAAUGCAGCAAUCAACGCUGCCGCUGCUAAGCGCGACCAGUUGCGACGCGAGGCAGAGGAACUAUUACAGCAGCACUUAAAAGCAGUCGAAGAGGAACGAAGACGAAAAGAAGAAGCGGAGCGGAAACGGAGAGCAGAAGAGGAGCAGAAACGGAGAGAAAAGCUUGAGCGUGAAAGAGCUGAGAAAGAACGCCGUGAACGUGAAGAGGCUGCUAAGAAGGAAGCCGAAAGAAUAGCGAGGGAGGCGGAAAAGAAACGACAGGCCGAAGAAGCCGAACGCCUGAGGAAAGCCAAGGAAGAAGAGCAGAGAAAUCGUCAAGAGCGCGAACGGCUGGAACAGGAAAAGAAGAAGCAAGUAGAAGCUCAAUUGAAAGCACGAAAGGAGCAAGAGGAAAAGGCUGCGGAACAAAAGAAACAGCAGGUCGAACAAACAUUCCUUGGGGAAACUCGGCGGACUCCGCAGGAAAUCGCUGAGCAUCAGCGAUAUCUUGCGUUACAUAAACAUUUUAAGCAGUUUAGGAAGUACAUGUCCUUAAACAACACAUGGGGAGAUAUGCGACGAACGAUCAAGAAAUGCGUUGGCCAGCUAUUAACUGAUGAUAAAGCUGCCAAUAGAACUCCAACCAACGAGAUCGUUACAACUCUCAAGAAAGCUUCGACUCUUCAAGAACCCAGUGUCGAUAUUCGUCAAUUCAUCGCCUUUCCUCCACCUCACAUUGCCAGCGAAGAGGGAAGAGUUCCUGCGCUUCUAAUAUACCUUCUCAAUAUAUUCUCUAAAGCGAUAAUUGCCCAACUGGCCGCGGAAGCUGGAAUAACGCCAAAAUGUGCCGGCCCACUGGGCGUGCUUGCUGCCCAGGUAUUCUCCAUGGACGCAUUUGUCUAUAAAGGCUGCCCGAUGAUUGACAUCCUGCUCGCCAAAUACCACUUCGUCUGCCCCGUCCUCUGGGGCUUUUACGGCAGCGAAUCCACUGAGAUGGGCAAAACAGCGUUAGGUUGGUUGCGCGACGAGCCAGGCGGACCUUUUGUUUCCCGCCAGGUUCACGAAGAACGCAUGAUUGGUCUAGGUGCCGGAUUCGCAGCAAUAUCACUCCGCGACUUCUCUAGAACCUCACGGCAGAAUCCGCUGCCGAACACGCAUUUUUGGAAAGCCCUUAGCAACAUCGUCAAUGUUCCCCCCGAGGAAGUGCAGGAUACGCAUUUGACUGUUUUGGGUGCGAUGUUGAAGUUUUCUGCGCCGAGGGUUGUUGGAUUUUGGGGAGAUUUGGGUCUUCUAGCUUUGAGAAACGCUAUUGUGACCUUUCCGGGUUCGCUGCCGAAGAAAUCAAGAGCGAGGCGUCCUACGAUAUCGAUUGUUCCAUUCAAUGACCUACGUGAGAUAUCGAUAUUCAAUCACGACUGCUCUAGUUAUAGUUUUGAGGGCAUUUAUUCAGAUGAUCACCACCCGCCUGUCGAGUCUGGUCGAGAGGUGCAAGAAACUAAACCUAACAGAGAGCAAUUUGGUAUCCAAGAUAAAGGGUAUAAAAAGGAGCCUAAACAGCAAUGGUAA